GAAAUACACUUUUGUUAUAUUGACUGCUCGCGAAUAACUUUCAUCUAGAUUUUGAUUAAUAGUAUAUAGAUAUUUUUUAAACAUUGUCUCUUUGACUCUUUAAAAUAUAAUGGAAUCGUUAUCAAAACAGGAACUAAUUUCAACAAUAACGAAACAGGCAGAUCAAAUUAAGCGAUACGAAGCUCGACUAAGAGAUGUUGUUGCUGCAUAUAAAGGUCUUGCUAAGGAAAAAGAAGCCCUGGAGAUAAGUUUGAAGGCCUUGAAUAGGACAGAAAAUAAUGAAGAUGCUUCAAAAGAUUCCGUAACUGCUCUAACAUUGUCACUAUCUACGCUAUCAGCGGAAAAAGCACGAAUGGAAGAGGCUUUCCAGAAUGAUAAAAAACUGACAAGGGAAAAGUAUGAAAACAUGUUGGCUUCAACAAGGGAAGAAACAAAAACUUUGGUUCAACAGCAUUUAACGGAAGUUGGUAAUCUUAAAGCUAAGAUUGCUUAUGAAAUUCAAGAACGCGAGAGAGAGAGGGCUGAUCAUGCUGCAAUGCUGAAGGAGUUACAUGUGAAACUAAAUUCCGAGAGAAAAACUAAAGAGAAGCUAGAAGAUAAAGUUGUACAUAAUACAGAAGCACAAGCAUCUCAAGCAGAAUUAGAGAAGCGAGUUCGUGAUUUGAACAGCUCGCUAGAAGCAUCCCAGAGGAGAUUACAAAGGGCUGAAGCGAGGACGGUCGAAACGCCGGCUCUGCUUGUUAGACUUCAACAAAAACUGGCUUUGUUGGAACAAUCGCAUUCCAUCGCUAUACGAGAGGAACAAAUAAAAGCAAAACGCGCUGAAGAAUCGGCACGUAAAAUAUGCGCAAGACAAGAGGAAAGAGUUGCGCUGCUCGAAGGGAAACUGGCAGAGCUGUCGCAAACUAUCGGCGAAUACGACUUACUCCGGAGACGAGACCAGCAGCUCAUCCAGCAGCUCAGGGACUCGCUCAACGGAAGAUUGCUUGAUAAAAUGGCCAGUAGCGGAAUCGAUGAAAAUCAAAUAAGCGAAACUGACAACGAGAAAUUAGCGGACAGCGAAUAUCUUCAAACACUAAUAGACAAAAUACAUAUACUUAAAAAGGAGUUGAUAGCGGAAAAUGAAAAACUCGGCAAUCCGAUAGAUCUGACAGCGGUGUUCAAAUUGGAUGGUUACGAGAAUAUUCAUAGUAAAUGUCGACUGGAGUUGGAGAAUUUGAAAAUUGAAUUCGAGACUUAUAAACUACAAAAUGCUAAGGUUAAAGAGAGUGGACAAGAAGUAGAGAGCGAGAUGGAAGAUCUGAAGAGUGAGUUGGCGGUGUUGAAGGAGAAGGUCGAAACUUAUAUAUUGUUGCUGGAGGACGAAAAGCAGGACAAAGUUGACUGCUUGAGACUUCAUGAAGAGAAAUUAAAAUCCGAAAAAGAGUACCAUAAAGAGGUCGUAUCCGAUCUGAAAACAAGAAUACAGAGUCUCGAAAAACAAGUUCAGACACAACGUGACAGAUACGCAACGUUACUUGAAGAAACUGAUAAUUACAUAAGAUCGAGAAACGAUCGCUCGAGGAAAGUUAGUACCGAAGAAGGGAACUGGAAGGACGGUCAUGGAGUUUUAAAUGACGGCACGGCCCCCCCGCACAUGUUGCACUACGCGCACGAGCUGGCGAGGAAGGAUCUCGACAUCACACAACUGAGGCGGGAGAAGCACAUUCUAGAAGGACAGUUUAGAGAUUGCCAGCGUGAAGGGACGAUUGAGAAGGAACGAUUUAAAGAAGUGAUAAGAACACUGAAGGAAGAAAUUGACAGGCUUAUAAGGAUCCAAUCAAGGGAAGGAGCGAAUUUAGAAUAUUUGAAGAAUGUGGUUAUGGCGUACCUAAUGUCGAGCGAUUACGCGGGACGGAAGCACAUGUUGAACGCCAUAGCUGCUGUGUUACAUUUCACUGAUAAUGAAAGGAAAAUAGUCUUUAACACCUUAUAAAUAAGGGUUGUUUUAAGGCAUCUUCAAUAUCUUUCUUUUUGAUACGUUUACUAAUUUGUCAGCGACUUCGUCUGUAAAAAUCAUAUUUGUGUGUUUUUGUUAUUUCCAAUAAAAUGAUAAUAAAAUUUAUAAAUGCACUUUUAGCACCUAAUUGACCUCAACAGUGUACUAUUUUUAAUGCCAUGACGCGAAAUAAUAAUCUUUUCACUACUUCAUCCCAGUUAGUUAACUUAGAAUCGAGAAGGUGCAUAAGAAAAAAUGUAAAUCUUAACUUUGAAGUUCGUAGGUUAUAAUCCUGGAGACACCAAGGAGUUUUUUAUGUAAAAAAAUAAUAAUAACUCGUACCCAGUUAAUGAAAGAAUUGUGACAAAUCAUUCUUAUCGGAUAUACCAAUCCAGUUGUGUGGUGAUAUAAGUGCUAAAUUUUCUGCUUAGCAAAAUGAGUUUUUAACUCCAUUUUACUUUUACAUGAACGUUAGUGUGAAUAAAAACGGUAUUAGCGUUGUUUAUUUAUAGAAUAGAUUGUAAGUGUCCUUUGGUUGAAUUAUAUUUUAACGUUAUAUUAAAUUAUUUUACUAUUAA